CAGAAGCACCAUCGGUCCGAGUGCUUGUGCCAAUAUCAACAUGCCAAGUCUGGAAUCACUUAGCCCAAGUGAUAAAGCAAAACUGUUCCAACCAACGGCUUACAAAGGAUUUCUAUACCGUUUGGCUACUCCAGAUGACCGAGAACAGAUCCGGGAUGGGCUGGAACGAUGGUUCUAUCCGGAAGAACAGGUUAACUGCGGACAUCGUGAUGGCCCUUUGUACGCGGAAGAGGACAUGACCUAUAUGUUGGGAGUUAUUGAGUACGGUGUGGUGAUAAUGGUGUUUGAAGAAUCCACUGGAAGCUUAGCUGGAUUUUGUGGUUGUUGUUUGAUUGGAUCCGAUUAUGUCGAACAUUUGAUGGAGACAGCCAAAAGUGCGAAAUCGAGGAAAUUUAUGGAUACCUGCCUGUUUUUGGCUCAUUGUACCGGUAAUGCGGACAUCCUUGGAAGGUUUCAAGUGGACACGGCCUUGCAGGUUCAAUACGUUACAGUUUUCCCAAAAUAUCGCGGACUGAAGAUCAGUAGCGGUUUGGUUGAUAAAAGUAUAAAGAUAGCUCGGCGACUCGGGGCUGGAGCGAUCAACGGCGAUUGUAGCAGCCCAUUGAUGGCGCGUUCUUUCCUGAGUGUCGGAAUACCUUGCGUUUAUCAGAUGACGUACAAAGAUUAUCGAGACGAAAAUGGCGAAAUUGUGUUCAAGAGCAAACCAAACUACGAACAUUUGCUUUUCCAUGCUAUGAAGCUCUAG